UGUUCUGUUGUAUUAUCUUUCACCGUGGUGAGACGCCAGCGGCUAGACACUUAAGAGGAAAGACAAGUGAAUGUCGAAAUGUAUUAUUUAUGUGUAUGCUGUUUGUAUUUCCCCCCAAAAAAUGUAACUGAAAGACAGUUCUGAAGAUAGCAUAGAAGCUCACUCCGUUAAUUGUUCGAUUAUACGUCUUCAGUGUCAUCCUCCACUUUUUUCAGAAACAUAUGUAGCCUAUGAUAAGCUAGUGAAGUUUGAAAUAUUGCGUAUCUCCAAAUUAUGUGCAUGCCAGGUAUACAUGACAGACAUAGUAUGCAGCAAUAUGAAUGUCUCUUUUUCUCUGUGUGUUUUCCUGAAACCAGAUAUGUAAUCACUCGAAGAAAUAGUUUCUUUUUUGUUUUCAGUUAGGUACUUACUUCAUCCUGACAUUAUACUCACUGUUUAUGUUUUAUUAUAAGGGUGAAAUUGACAUCCAGAAAUUGCCUGUGGAUUCAGAGGAACACAAGUUUAAUUCAUGGAAAGUAAAAUACAAGAAAAGUCACAUACUCCACUCAAAAUGUGUCAAUGGACCUUGCGAAGACGAUAAAAAUAAAUGCUUGUUGUGCAUUUACAACAGUGAACUAGAACUUCCACAUUUACCUGACAUGGUGUUCCCCAACAAUGUGAUGGUUUUACAGCACGAUAACGGUUGUGGAAUAGAGUUCAAUGCCUUGGAUGCUCUGCGAAGAGUCAGUAAUGGAAAAUUAUCUUUGAAAGUUGCCUGUUCUGAGGAAUGGAAGGAAUCAAGACAGGAGCAUGGAAACCUUGAUGAAGUUAAGCCAUUUGACUGGACAUUCACCACGGACUAUAUGGGCACAUUGUUGGGAAAUUUUAUUGUGAGACAAACAGAUGAGAGGAUAAAUAUUGAGAAACUACGGCAAAGGGAGCAAAUAUUAUUUUAUAAUGAUCUCACAUUAUUUGAAGACGAGUUACAUGAUAAUGGCAUUGCAGUUUGCUCAGUGAAAGUGAGGGUAAUGCCAAGUAGUUUCUUUGUCUUGUUGCGGUACUUCCUGAGGGUGGACAAUGUCAUGUUGCGAACAAAUGAUACUCGGCUGUAUCAUGAAUUUGGAACAGAUUUUAUACUGAGAGAAUAUACAUCUAGAGCAGCUCAGGCAUCUGAAAUAAAACAUGUUCCACCUUCUGUCCUCAGAGAGCCAAAUGAGGUGACACCACUUCUUCCAUUAAUUGAGUCUCAUUAUUCUAAACUUAGCUUCCCAGAAAGCAGUUCUUCAGGAAUAAAAUAAUUUGCAGAAUGGAUGAUAAAGCCAAUGUUGUCAUUUUUGGUGUGUGUGUGUGUGUGUGUUUUUUUUUAAAUAAUUGAUGUACUUUAUAUUCCUGGAGUAUGUUUAUAUUGUCAAGUACAUGGUUUUUAGCAAUAGUUAAAAUGUAAAAUGCAACGGAAAUUGAGUCUAUGAACUCGUGUAAAAACAUUUGGCUCAUACUGAUUAAGCCCUGAAUAAUCAUUGAGACAUGUUGUCAUUGUUACUAACAGUGAUCAAUCCAUUCCAAGGAGUUGAGGAAAUUGAAUAAUUGGUGUAUAUUGCUUCUCUAGAGCUGCAAACUUAAUGAAAUGAUGUAGGUUUCAUUUCUUUAUCCUGUUUUUUGCCUGUGCAUUUGUCUGUAAUGAGAGAACUGUUACAUCUUUCCUACACCCCAUAUAAUGUAUUUACUAUUUCAGAAAUCUGCCAGUAUAUAUGUAGAAUCAUAAUUAGUUGCCAUAUUCUCAAUUAAUUAUGAAAGCAUUAAAUUUUGUGAGCACUGUUGAGGAUGUCAAAAAAGUUGUUAACCAUUACAAUAACAGAAUAGGUACAUAUUGAACAGGUGUGUGUAAAGUUAUGUAAGCAUUAUGUUUAGUGAGACACUGUAAUUUGUGCUCAUUUCCCACCAUGUGUGUGUGUGUGUGUGUGUGUGUGUGUGUGUGUGUGUGUAUGUGUGUGUGUGUGUGUGUGUGUGUGUGUGUGUGUGUGUGUGUGUGUGUCUACACCAUGAAAAGUUGUUAACCAGUACAAUAUAUUGUGAACAGAAUAGGUAUUCCUUGAACAAGUGUUCACAGAAUUAUGUAAACAUAAUCUUUAGUGAGACACUGUACUUUGUGCUCAUUUCCAAACUUGUGUGUGUGUGUGUGUGUGUGUGUGUGUGUGUGUGUGUGUGGUAAAAGUAGACAUCAUGUUUUAUCAAUAUACAUUAAAAAAGUGAAAUUGUGAAAAGUGAAUAUGUGCUUUUAUUUUAUUAAAAUUUAAUAGAAGUGUCAUAUUUCAACAUUCAUCUAUAUUUCCAUUUUUGCCAACUGUGAUGUCAGAAUGAGAAACUAAUAGGCCUACAGUCCUAGUGUAGUAAUUCAGAACACUGUGUUCAAAAGUAAAAUACAUAUUUAAAAAAAAAAUUAUUCCUUCCUUCCACUCACCCAUCCCUUCUCCAAACAUAAGAGAUAAAAGAAAUGAAACUGCUAUGCCUAUACUAAAUAAUAUUAUUACAUUUUGUGUUACUGGAAUAAAGUGUAAUCUGGCUUUUA